AUGACAGAUAUGCAUCCGAAAGCUGCAAACCCAAAAGAGUUCCUGGAGAGCAAGUGGAAACACGCCUUCACGACAUUCUUCGAUUUGGAUCGAAAUGGACUAAUUGAAUGGAAAGAUUUCAAGGAUCUUAUUGAGGUUAUUGGAGAAGUUCGUGGACGCCGUUCUGAUGUCUUCAUGACCGCCCGUUUGUGUCUUCCUGAUAUUUGGCAAAAAAUGACCGAAGCGAUUGGAAAGGAAGAAGAAGAUAUUAUCACUCUCUCCGACUGGAUUCAACUUUGCGAAUCAUCAAGAAAAUCACCUCGAGAGCCAGCUUGGCAGAAAGCGUACGUUGAGUACAUGUUUAAGCUGUUGGAUGAGUCGGCCGAUCAUCUUGUGGAUCAAGCGGAAUAUGUUCAAGUGCUCGGGUACUUUGGAGUCAAUCGAAAAGAUUCCAGUCACUGUUUUGAUCAAUUCGCUUUUAAUCAUCAGGGACAACUGAUUCAUGCAAUUGACAAGAAGAAAUUUCAUGUUCUUUGGAAACAAUUCUUCCAUUCAGAAGACCCAUCAUCACCCGGAAAUUGGCUUCUCGGAAAGAAAUUCAAGACUCAAGAAUGA